AUGAGUUUCCAACAGUUCGGCGACUCUUUCCAGGGUCAGCAGCCUGAGGAGUCCGGCGCACCCGCCGCUCAGCCCCAGCAGCCCUCCAUGGGCCAGCCCAUCGAGUCUCAACAGGGCCAGUUCCCUCCUACCCCAUCCGGCGCACCUGGAUCAGCACCCGGUCCCGGCUCUCAGUCCGGCGGCGAGCCCAAGACCACUUUGUGGAUGGGUGAGCUUGAGCCUUGGAUUGAUGAAAACUUCGUCAGAAGUGUCUGGUUCGGCAUGGGCUACCAAGUCAACGUCAAGAUGAUCCGUGACAAAUUCUCGGGUAAUGCUGGAUACUGCUUUGUUGAUUUUGAAUCCCCCGACGCUGCCACCAAGGCUCUUCAGCUUAACGGCACCCUUAUCCCCAACUCCAACCGCCCCUUCAAGCUCAACUGGGCAUCCGGUGGUGGUCUUGCUGACCGCAGCCGCGACGACCGUGGCCCUGAGUUCUCCAUCUUCGUCGGUGAUCUCGGCCCUGAAGUCAACGAAUACGUCCUCGUCAGCAUCUUCCAGAACCGCUUCCCUAGCUGCAAGUCGGCCAAGAUAAUGUCCGACCCGAUUAGUGGCCUCUCUCGCGGUUACGGUUUCGUUCGCUUCUCCGAUGAGGCCGACCAGCAGCGUGCUCUCACCGAGAUGCAGGGUGUUUACUGCGGAAACAGACCCAUGCGCAUUAGCACUGCCACCCCCAAGAACAAGAACCAGCACGCUGGUCCUGGAGCUAUGGGCGGUAUGCCCGGCGGCCCCGUCGGCAUGUACGGCAUGGGCGCCCCUCCUCUCGGCUUCUACGGCGCUCCCCAGCCAAUGAACCAAUUCACCGACCCUAACAACACCACUGUUUUCGUCGGCGGUCUCUCCGGCUAUGUCACUGAGGAUGAGCUUCGCUCCUUCUUCCAGGGCUUUGGCGAGAUCACAUACGUCAAGAUCCCUCCUGGCAAGGGCUGCGGUUUUGUCCAGUUCGUCCAGCGUCACGCUGCUGAGAUGGCCAUCAACCAGAUGCAGGGCUACCCCAUUGGUAACUCGCGUGUCCGUCUUAGCUGGGGCCGUAGCCAGAACAACUCUGGCCCUGCCGGCACUCCUUACCGUCCCGCACCCCCACCGCCAGUCUACCCUUCCAUGGGCAUGCCUCCCCAACAUCCUUACGGCGGCUUCGCUCCCAUGAAGGUUGGACAGCAACAACAGCAGCAGCAGCCCCCUCAGCAGUUCUGGUCGCCAGAUAACUCUGGCCAUCAACAGUAA